AAGAAAGUUAGAAUCAUUAUUAUACGGUAAAAUUAUUUUAGAAAUGGCUAUCAAUCCAAUGAAGUGGAAAACCAGAAAUGUACUGUACAUUAGUUUGACACUUUUAGUUUUCUACGUACUUUUUGUGUAUAAAAAAAAGCAUUAUAUAUUGUUCGAAGGAAUAAUAAAAGAUUCAAAUCCUAUACAUGUAUGGGAAUACGUAGCUGAUUUUAGUAACAUGAAGACGUUAAAUCCGACAAUAGAAGAUUUUAAUAUUAUUGCGGAAAGUGGUAAUUACGAUCAUUGGAAAUAUUCAGUUGAAUAUACUGAACAUUUGAGUCAUAUACCAAUUAUACGAAAUACAGCACAUGGACAUUACGCCAUACGUGAAGACAAUAAUGUGGAAUCGAUCUCGCAAUUCAGAUUUGAUCGAGAUGGAGCAACAGAUACAAAAUGUAUCGAAACCGUACAAUAUGAAUGUCCAAUCGCAUUUUCAUUGUUGUGCUAUAAAGAAGUUAUGUAUCAACGAACAGAGAUUAUGGAACGAUUGAAAUUGAAAUUCUCAAAAACUAAAAUCCCU